AUGAUGAAUAAUGAUAAUAGUACUAGUAUUUCAUAUGAAAAUUUAACUUCAACAGUAUAUGUUGAAUUAUCGACUGUAGAAGAAAGAAAUACAACUUAUUAUGAAUAUUUGACUUCGAAAGAAACAACAAUAUCAUAUUCUUCUUCUUCUUCUUCAAGUAUUCCGAUAAUUACUGAAGCCCCUCUAUUCUUUUCUAUUAUCUCUUUAACAAUCCAUUCCUCACGAAUAGACCAACAAAAUUCUUAUUCUGUGGAUAUUUUAUUCAAUAAUACAUGUCCAUCAAAACGAGAAUCAAAUAUAACAUUCAUUUUUCAAUCAUUAUCAUUGGAUGAAACAAAACUAUGUGUAUCAUCUUUUAAACAACAUGGAUUAAUAACAUGCGAUAAUAAUUUCAUUUAUGGAGUUUCUUAUACAGUCGAUGGAUAUGUUUUAUGUGGUACACGAAAUAUUAGUUUAGCAACAAAGAAAAAGCUUUAUGAAAUAGGAAAACCAAAAUAUUUAAAUUCAACAAAUAGUGCAACAUCAAUUGAUAGUUUAAUAUUUUUACCUGGUUUAUUUUAUCGAUUAAUUAUUGAAUUAACAAGUGUUAAUCAAACAUGUUCAAUUGAAUAUUCAAUUAGAGAUUCUCCAUAUUAUCAUUGUUUAUUCAAAAAUCUUCCUUCUGCACAAUGGUUUGUUUUAACUUAUUAUGCAUUAGCUGAUCAUCAUCAAACACCAUCAAGUGAUGUUACAAUUGUUUAUACUGACCUAGAAGAUUUAUAUUUUGGAUGUGAAUUAAAUAAAAAUAAUCAACAAAUUGAUUUUUAUUGGACAAAUCUUACUGCUUCGGGUUAUUCAAAUUUAACAAUUUCGAUUUUAAAUGAAGAAAAUAAACAUAUAUGGAGUUUAUCAUGUAAUCCAUAUAUAUCUCAAGAUAUUUGUUCAACAAAACAAUAUCGUUUAGAAUCAGGUAAAGAAUAUCAUGUUAUAGCUAAAUUAAAAAAGAUAUUACCAAAUUAUAAUGGUCAAAAAACUGGAACAUGUUCAAUAAAAACAAAUCUUAGUCCAAUAUCAAUGAAUUCUAUUCGACAUGAAUUUUUAAAUGAAACAAUUGUAGGAAUAUCUUGGCUUGCUCAUCCUUUUCAUGUUCAAGCUCGAUUAAGAAAUCUUGAAACAAAUCUAUUAGAAUAUCCAAUUGAAAAUAACCAUAGAACAGCAUUAUUUAUAAAUUUAACUGAAGCAAGUAUUUAUCAAUUAGAAUUUAAUAUUUCAAAAUCUAAUUGGUUACCAUUAUUUCAAAAUACGAAUUAUCAUAUUCAGACAGAUUUUAAAAAUUUAAUUAUCGAAAAUAUUCUUCGACCGUCUGUUAAUAGUCUAAUUGUAAAUACGAAUCAAUAUAAUAUGUCAAAAAUCAAAAUAAUUUAUUGUAUUGAACAAAUAACAAAUGAUACUAUUCAAAUAUGUUCUUUUUCAAAUACAUUUAAUCAACUUAUUCCAGGAACAGUUUAUAAUAUAUCAGUAACUAUACAUCGAGAGCCAUUUCAAAAUAUAUUUAUUUGGGAAAAACGUUCUGUAUUCAAACUUGCUAAUACAAAUCCAUCUUUAUUACGAAUUCGUACUUGGAAAACAAAUGAACAUUGUGCAGGAGAAUUAUUAAAUAAUUUUUCUAUAUUAUAUUCAACAGAAUGUAUCUUAAAUGAUAAAAUUUAUAAUUGUAAUCAACUUCAAUGUGGUUGUCGAUAUCAAUUUCGUAUUAUAUUUAGUGAAAUAUUUAUUAAUUCUUUAUGUUCAAUAUUUCCAUGUGAUAUUCAAUUAAAUAAUUCAACGUUAACAAAUAUUCAAUUUCAAACACCAUUAGAAACAGUUCAAAAUCUUCGAAUUAUUUCCAUGUCACCCAUAUUAAGAGAAAUCGAAGUUGAUUUUGAUCAACCUUAUGGAUGUUUUGAACGAUUAAUUUUAAUUUGUGAAGCGACAUCAUUGAAACAACGUAAAGUUUUUAUUAAUUCAACUGUAUGUACAGAUUUAAUACCAGACGAAUAUUAUCGAAUUUAUGUUGAAACAAAACGAAUUGGAUGGGAAACAGUUACAUCAGAGAUUAUUGAAACUCGACUUGUUUUUAUUUCAAAUAAUCAUAAUAAUGAAAAUACUAAAAAAGGAUCUUUUGUUCAAUCUGUUCUUAUUCCUACAAUGAUUGGGAUUUUAUUGAUACCUAUUUUAAUUGUAUUAGCUGCGUUUAUUUUUGUUUAUCGACGACGUCGUCAAAAACAUUCCAAUGAACGAAAUAAUCAAUUUACAAUAAAUCAUAGAAAUACAACAACAAAAUUAAAUAAUAUUGUUAAUCAAGUUAAUAUAUUUCCUCAUACGAAACAAACAAAUUCGAAAAAACAUACUUUCGUAUCAAGACCAAUUCGAAUAAAAGAUCUUCCAUCUGAAUACGAACAAUUAAUUGCAAAUAAUUAUUAUAAUUUAUCCGAUGAAUUUCAUAAACUUCGAAAUAGUCUUGAAGAAAUACCAGAAUUUACACAAUGUAAUCAAUUACUUAAAAAUCGUUAUAAAGAUAUAAUACCUUAUGAACAUUCUCGUGUUAAAUUAAUACCUAUUGAUGAAUGUGAUUCAGGAUAUAUUAAUGCGAAUUUUAUUACUGGUUUACAUAAUCCUCGAGAAUAUAUUGCAUGCCAAGGUCCAUUGAAGACAACAAUUAAUGAUCAUUGGCAAAUGAUAUGGGAACAAAAUGUUACGUUUAUUAUUAUGCUUACAGAUCUUAUUGAACGAGGAACGAAUAAAUGUGAACGAUAUUGGCCAUCCAAUUUAGAGGAUGUUGAAAUAUUUGGUAAUAUAUCCGUAUGUGUAACUGCAUGUCUUAAUAUGAAUUCUUAUGAUUUACGUUCUAUUCAAUUAAAAAAGAAUGAUGAAACUCGUUCAAUAAAACAUUAUGCAUUUAAAAUGUGGGAUGAUCAUACUGUUCCAACAAAUAGUGAUAUGUUAAUUGAUUUUAUUCGUUUAAUUCGUUCAAAAUAUCGUUCAGAAUGUCAUGGACCAAUAUUAAUACACUGUAGUGCAGGUGUUGGUCGUAGUGGAACAUUUAUUGCACUUGAUCGUUUAUUACAACAAUUUGAUAAAGUAUCAUUUUAUGGAUAUUUAGAUAUUUAUGGAACUGUACUUGAUAUGAGGCGAUGUAGAGAUAAAAUGGUACAAAAUGAGCAUCAAUAUUUAUUUAUUUAUCGAUGUUUAAAAGAAGAAUAUGAAAAAAGAUCAGGCAAUUCUAAUCAUGCUAUAAUUGCUGAUGAACAUGUGUAG